UUCAAUUUCCCCCGCUUUGCCAAUACAGUUCUGAAUCUUCCCGGGGACGACUCUCUUCUCUCCUUCUCUCUGCAAAAUCCCAAUUUCUUCUUCUAAAAAUCUCUUCUUCUUUUUUUGUGUUUCCUUCUGAAUUCUGAUUGAAGUCGAUUUCUGUACAAAUCUGGGUUUUUAUUUUAUUUUAUUUGGGGAUUCAAUCCAAGUUUCGGUCUUAUCCACCCUGAUGAAACCCUAAUUUUCCCACUCAAAAACAAAUAAUGCAGGAAUCGAGUUCUACUCCUAAGACGUUUUUGGGUGUUCAAUUCGCUCUCGUUGGAUUCAAUCCCAUCCAUGAAAACUCGUUACGGUCCAAGCUUGUGAGUGGUGGUGGUGUUGAUGUUGGCCAAAACUCUCAAUCCUGUACUCACCUCAUCGUAGAUAAGCUUGUUUAUGAUGACCCGAUUUGCGUCGCUGCUCGAAGCAGUGGGAAGGCGGUUGUCACAGGGUCAUGGGUUGAUCACAGCUCCGAUAUUGGAACACUUCUCGAUGCCAAUUCGGUUUUGUAUAGGCCUCUUAGAGAUUUGAAUGGCGUUCCAGGUUCCAGUACAUUAGUUGUGUGCUUGACCGGGUACCAAGGUCAAGAUAGAGAAGACAUUAUGACAAUGGUUGAUUUGAUGGGUGGGAACUUCUCUAAGCCCUUGGUUGCUAACCGAAUCACUCAUCUUAUAUGCUACAAGUUUGAGGGAGAAAAGUAUGAGCUAGCCAAGCGGAUGAAGAGGAUUAAACUAGUGAACCACCGGUGGUUAGAGGACUGCCUAAAGAAUUGGAAGCUCCUUCCUGAGGUUGAUUACGAGAUAAGUGCCUACGAGUUGGAGAUGAUGGAGGCUUCAGCUAGGGAUUCUGAGGACGAAGAUGCGUCUGUGAAGUGUGUAAACAACAGCCCUCUUGGUCUUAGGGUCGGUGCUAGGGCUGCAGCUGAAAUGUCUAAGCCGGGAGAAAAAAAUAUCCCUGUUGUUCAAACAAAUUCAGGCGCACAGGAAGUUUCAUCAUUAUGUAAUACGUCCAAAGACAAUGGGUUGACUCCUAAAAAUACGGACAGACCUGUUGAAGCCGUGGUCUCUACUGAUCCUAGUGUUGCUCAGCAACAUAAUUACCAGAGAGAAAGCACAUGUCAGGAUACUUCCAAUUUUCUGUCCCCCAUUAGGCUUGCAAACAAGUCUCGUGAGCUAGGGAUGAGAAAAAUGGAGACUGAUAGCCAGAUGUCUAUUAACAGGAGCAUCAGAAGGCAUUCUUCUCUAGCCACUUAUUCAAGAAAAACACUUCAGAGAUCACCAGAAACAAAUACUCUGGGAAAAGAGUCAAGUGGCCAAAACGGUUCUCUGCAAAUGGAUGACAAGGGACAAAAAGCUUCGACUUCUUUUAAUAUCUCUGCAUCAAAAUCUGGUUCCUCCGUGGAAAGAACAAUACUCUUUGAAGAUUUUGACAAGAUUGAUAAGUUGCAUGGCAAGGAGUCCCCUCCAAUGAUGCCUCAGGCAAAAUUUACAGAUGAAUCCGUCAGUAGCAAAGAUUCACAGAAGGUACAUCACAAGAGCAAGGCAAGUAUUCCAUCACCGACUAGUUUGUUAUUGCAGGAAUUAAGACCAAGUUCGCCUAAAGAAAACCUUAGGCUUGUGACAAGCAUUAAUGAUCCAACUGAAAGCGGGGAAUUUGGCCAUAAAUCUGCCGCAAGUGUGUUUAACACUAAAUCGGAGAGUUCAUUGGCUGAGGCAAUGGCGGGAAAUGUCUUAUUGCAUGAACCAAGAUCAGUCUCGCCUAAGCAAAACCUUAGGGUUGUGCCAAACCUCAGUGACCACGCUGGAGGCAGGGAAGCUGCACAUAACUUGGAUCUGAGUGAUUCAGCAGCUAGGUUGUUCAGUUCAGGUGUUGUUCCCAUGGAAGCUGAUAUGCGGACGCCUGAAAAUUCUACUAAGGAGGAAGCAUUGGAUGAGGUACCUGAAAGAUCUGUAACUGAACCUGUGAUGAGGAUAUCUAGCAGCACCUCUCCUGGGCCGGGUUUAAUUGAAAUGAAAGACGAUCAAGAAACAGAGCUGCCCAAGAAGAAAACAGUUCCAAAAAAGAGCCUAGGCACCAGAGGCAGGAAAAAGAACCCCAUUAACGAAAAGGGAUCAAUAUACUUGAGUGAACCUACCCGAAAGGAUGAGCGCAAUGAUUGUCUAAACAGAGGACAAGUUUCAGUGCCUAAAUCAGGUAACAGAAAUCAGAAGAAGAUAUCAAGCCCUGUCCUAAAUACUGAGGUUGUACCAGAAAUGGCAAAACAUAUUGACUCAGAGACUGAAGCCUUCCAGGGAAUUGACUCUCUAGAUAAUAAAUGUUUAGCCCCAGAAGAGAAAGACCAUCUUGGGCUGGAUUUGAUGGUGAACCAAGGUAAGCUGCAGGCUAAGACCUCAGAGGAAGCUGAUGCAGAUGUGGAAAUUACUGUGCUAGAACUGGAGCUUACUGAUGUUCCAGUUGAAGAUCCAAGUGGUGCGUUGCAAUUAGAGGUUGAUAAGAUUAAAAGUAAACGCAAAAGGGAGGCUACUGUAUGCAAAAAUAGCCUUCAAAGUGGAAAGAAAGAAAGUUCUUCUACAGUCAAAGUAGGAAAAUGCAGUGUUAAGAAGACCAAAAAAUCUAGAAACGAACAUGAUACAGAAGCAAUCGGUACUCUGAUGAAAGAUAUAGGGGAUAACUCUUCGGAUGAGAAGGAUAAGUUAGCUUUUGAACAUAUAUCUGCGAAGGUCAGUUCUGGUGGAGACCAAAGCCCAGUUGCAGGAGAAACAUUAGCAAGAAAGGAAGGUGCAACUAAAGAUCCAAGUGAUGCUGAAGUGCAAUCUGAGGUUGAUACGAAUAAAAGUAAACGCAGAAAGGAGGCCACUGUAGAAAACACUUGGCUUCAAAAACCUUGUGUCAAAAAGGUGAAAUAUUCUAGAAAAGAAGAUGACGCCAAAGCAAACAAUACUGUUAUGAAUGAUAUAUGGGUUAGCUCUGCCGAAGUGCAGGAGAAUGUAGCAGUAGAUAAGAAAUCUGGAGAUGUCAAUUCUGAUGGAGCUCAAAGCCUGGUUGCGGGGAAACUACUAGUUAGAAAGGAGGCUGCAGCUAAGGACCCAAGUAAUGCUGCAAUGCAAUUAGAGGUUGAUAAGAAUAAAUGUAAACACGGAAAGAAAGCUAUUGUAGAUAGAAGUGGUCUUCAAAGUGGAAAGAUGGGAAGUUCUUCUACAGUUGAAGUAGGAAAAUCCAGUGUUAAGAAGACUAAAAAAUCGAAAAAAGGAAGUGGCGCCAAAACAACUGACACUGUGAUGAACAAUAUAGGGGAUAACUCUGCAAAAGAUAAGGAGAAUAUUGCAGCGGAUAGUAAAUCUGGGAAGAUCGGUUCUGGUGGAGACCAAAGCCCAGUUUCAGGAAAAGCAUUAGCAAGAAAGAAAGUUGCAAAGUCAGCUACAACAGGUACAAAGGUGGAUAAAGAGUCUACGCAGCUCAGGGCUAAUCCCUUGGCUAGUAGAAAAGUCUUGCAGGACCAAGAGCAUGAGCCGAAGUGUUUUAUUGUCAGUGGUCCUAGGUCCCAGAGAAACGAAUAUCAGCAGAUCAUUAGGCGUUUAAAAGGAAAAUGUUGCCGAGAUUCUCAUCAGUGGUCUUAUCAAGCAACACAUUUUAUUGCUCCUGAAAUCCGUAGAACUGAAAAGUUCUUCGCUGCUGCUGCAUCUGGAAGUUGGAUUCUGAAGACUGACUAUGUGGCUGAUUCAAAGGAAGCUGGGAAACUAUUACCAGAGGAGCCUUAUGAAUGGCACAGCAGUGGUCUUAGUGCUGAUGGUGCGAUAAGCCUCGAGUCCCCAAGGAAAUGGCGGCUCGUCAGGGAGCAAACAGGACAUGGUGCUUUAUAUGGACUGCGCAUUGUUGUAUACGGUGACUGCACCAUCCCUUCUUUGGAUACAUUAAAGCGAGCUGUGAAAGCUGGGGAUGGUAUGAUAUUGGCAACAGCGCCUCCGUACACGCGUUUCUUGAAUGAAAACACUGAUUUCGCGUUGAUAAGCCCCGGGAUGCCGCGGGACGACAUCUGGAUCCAAGAGUUUAUACGCCAUGAAAUCCCUUGUGUCCUCUCGGAUUACCUGGUGGAGUACGUUUGUAAGCCUGGAUACGCACUUGACAAGCACGUGCUCUACAACACGAACUCAUGGGCAGAAAGGUCGUUUAAUAAGAUGCAGCUUAGUGCAGAUGUGUGUACCAUUUAACUUAAAAGCAGAUGAGUUAAACUUUUGCUAUAAAACCAUUGGCAAACAAAUAAAGAAGUGAACAAUCAUUA